AUGGACAUGAAGCACGAAAUGGAUCCCGCCCAGAAUGAAGUUAUCAAUGGGUCUCACAAUGGCCUCAAGCUCCUGCCCCGCUCCAAAACGCAGGUCCUUGAUCAAGUCAGACGGCUCUUGGGACACGUGCAAGGGCAACAGCAGGUUUCUAAACCGCAUUCACAGGUGGCACUUUAUGGCGAACCUGAUACAGGGAAAACCGAGAUUGCGCGCAACUACGCCGACUGGUUGCAAACUGCAUGCCCCGAUGUAAAGAUAUUUUGGGUGUCUGCGAGCGACGAUGUGCUGUAUAGAAACUCAUAUCGGUCUAUUGCGAAACAAUUCGGUAUCCCCGGAUAUGACAAUCCGACAGCCGACAUCUCUGCGCUCGUGAACUCUUGGCUGGCAACGGAGUUUCGAGAGCCGUGGCUCUUGAUCGUUGACGACGUCAACGAUACGCAGAUGUCAUUUCCGGACUCCAACGGAUCGAUCCUAAUCACCACGAGACAGAAGUACAUUGCGUCAUGGUAUGUACCCGGGCGGCAACUUAUUGAGGUCACCGAAGUAAGCGAGAGCGAACCGUACAAGAUACUCCGCCCGCCACUAAACGUUCCAUACUUCGACCGCGAUUUCUUGGGAGCCAUAGUAGACCAGCCCACAAGCAGUUUUCCUGCUGCGUCACUGGCAAAUGCAGGGUCAUCUGACAUGGAGAGUGACGACAGCUCUGUCACAGAUAUCGAGGUUUUCGGCGAACAGCCUGCUUCUACAAAGCUAUCGUUACCAGGCAACAAUAUGUACAGCCUCAAACACGCUGUUACAAGGAAGCCCAAAGACAAAGCAUGGUGCCGCCACCGACAGCACCGACCAGCCGAAUCUGUCUCCCUUGACGGGGAUGAAACACAGUCCCUUGUCUCCGACCUUGUCUCCGAUAUGGACAGCUUCGCUACGGGCAGCCAGAUUUUCAGCGAAAACCCGGCUUCUACCAAGCUGUCGUCACAAGACGAGGAGGUGGAUAUGCUCAAAGAAGCCAAUCACGCGAAGCCUAAAGCCGAGAACUUCUACAGUCACCUAGCAGACAACUUUGAUGAGAAGGAGGAAAUAAAAUCCCUUAUCUCUGGCUACGAAGACAUCCAAUCGCAAGAUGGAUCAAGGUCGGUUCGCUGGGAGGUCCGAGAUGCUGCGGUCAGUUAUAUAGCCGAGAUGUUGGCCAACGACCCAUUCUUAGAACCAUUGUACAAGAACGCGGCACAGCGACUGGAGGGCAAACGCUUUGUCAGGAACCACUGUCGCUUGCUCAAGAGCUACUAUCUAUCGCUACGUUCUCAGGCCUCGAAUCAGAAACAAGGUGUAGCGAUCGAGUUCCUCAGACCGCGCGCUCACAGAACGCUCAUUUCGAUCAAGAUUCGGGAGAACAUGGAGUUUCAAGAUAUGAGAAGAAAAGAGGUCCACGUUGAAUUACCUCAAGAUGAAGGGCGGGACCUGACUCUGGAGCGUUACCUGAGUAACGUGGGAGCUAGCUCGAAAAGUCAUACAGACGACACCAUGCAAGCGAUACGGGAAGCUGAUGAAGGGAGAAAAGACAAUCGGACGACAGAGGAACAGAGCGAAGAUGCAAAGAGCGAAGAUGCAAAGAGAGAAGACGCAAAGAGAGAAGACGCAAAGAGAGAAGACGCAAAGAGAGAAGACGCAAAGAGAGAAGACGUAAAGAGCGAAGAUAUAAAGAGCGAAGAGAGCAAAGAUGAAUACAGCCAAUAUGAAGAGGCUGAAGAGCAGAGCGAAGACGGUUGGGAGGGAAAAGAGGAGGGUUACGACACUGGUGCUAGCCUAAUCAGUCUGGGAGAGACCAGAAGCUUCUUUGUGUCUGGGCAACCAUUAGUCGACUUCAGAGCCAACUUUCAAGACUUCCUCUACCCAAAGUCUGAGGCAGCAGAGGGGACGCAGCCGAAGAAAACGCAGCCGAAACGGUCUCAUGUGGUUUCUCGAGGGGCCAGGCUUCUUGCUAGGCUUUUCGACGUGUGGUCACCCCCGAAAGAUGGCUGCGAAAGAGUGAGGUACAUGUGUGACUGUGGCGACUACACGUUCUUGGAUGUUAGAGAGAUAAGUCCUGGAGGACUGCAGCGCUUCAGACAGCGACUUGCCAGUCACGGUCUGUCAAACAUCAUCGCCGCUUCUGCCCCAUCAGAGUUCCCGGACGGCCUGUCACCCCCUCCAUCGGCAUAUCUGGGGACCGCUAGAAGCCGCUCCGUCACGUCGCAGAACUCUGGACUAACUUCCUCGCGCAGAUCGAGCCUGUCAACGCAGCCAACAUCCUUGUCGUGGUCUGAGGACGAGGCACCUCCAGAAGACGAGCAAACGAUCCCGCAGUAUCUGCUACUGUGUGUUAACCAGAAGAGUCUUCCGGAGCUGAUCCACAUUAACUGUCGACCUUUCCAUAACGACCAGUAUCUCUGCCAACAAAUCUUGAAAGAAUAUCAGAUAACGAGAGACAAGUCGACCUGGAGACCUUCGCUCCUAGUGCACGCGAAGCUUCUGGCAGUGCUAAGCGGCGUAUCGUCGUUUUUGGAAAAGAAGACUCCUCACUGCUUGGAAUGGAUCUUUCGAUUUUCUCGAUCUGUAUCUGAAAUCAGCUUCUUCCAGAUGGAUACCGGCGAUUUCGUCCGGUUUCAACUUGUCCCAGUCGGGGAACUAACUGUGCCGAAUCACUUCAAGUGCGCGGAGUACCCACCAGAGUCUGAAGUGAAGGCGGGAAACUACGAAUACGAGCCCGUACCGAUGAUUGACGUUGCCAUUGCUUCGAUUCCGCUGUGGCACCUUACACGACCAGUUCAACACAGCGAUAUGUACUGGAUCAAAACAUUCCCAAAGAAGAUGCGGUAUCCGUUGCGCCGUGAACCGGGCGUGUACGGGAAACCUAUUAUCGGCUGGGGUAUACGAGUCAAUGAGGCUUUUCACUGGAAGCAUUUUCUUUUUCUUAUCCUGGCGGUAUCGAUCGGCAUCAGCAUUAUUGUGGCCAUCUAUGUCGGAGUUACGUCGGAUGCUUCGUCUGCUUUUGGGUUGGGGGCGUUUUUGGCGGCGCUUGUUGCGAUUUAUAUACCCCAUCAGUAUUUCGCGUGGAAAGAGAAGCUCAAUUAG